UCUUUCUUCUUCUUCUUCUUCUUUCCUCUCAUCCCGGAUCCCUCUCUUCUUCUCUUCUUCUUUCCAUUCCAUCCACCAACUCUCCUCCGCCUCCUUCUUCCCACGCACCACCAACCCCUCCUCUUCCCUGCCGCAGCCACGGCGCGCGUUGAUCCUCCAAAGGUUGUUAAUCACUGUCUAGUUUGUUCAUGACAGCUCACAGAGCUAAGCAAAGCUGAGGCAUUGUUCCUUAAUCUGCAAGGGUGCUGCUCAUAAGGAAUCAUCCCUCUUGUUAGUUGCUGGGCCAAGAACAAAUGGCCCAGCUGCUGCACCAUCAGGACUCUGCGUUUUAUGGAAAGGAAAUCCCGGGCCGCCGAUGGAGCAUUUUUCAGUUCUUUGGCUUGAGCCGGCGCCUACGAUCUGUGAAGAUGCUCUCUGAAAAGAAACAUGGUCAGGAUAAAAGCCCUGGUGGAAGUAAACGUCGAUCCUAUGUUACACUGAAAGACGAAGACAGCGGUGUCAUGGAUGACAGCAAAAAUGCUGAAGUUAAAGGUAAACAAAAGGGUUCAAAAAAGAAUUCUGGUAAAUCAAGUUUGAAGUCACUGAUUGCAAAAAAAUUGUACGGAAAGGAAGGUGAGAAAGAAAAGAUGCUUCCAGUUGCACCAAAGCUACUGCGCACCCUUUCGAUGCAUUACUUGGAAAGAAAUGAAUAUGUUCUUGAUGGUGAGGCAGCUACCAAUGGUAAUGGUUCUUCACAUGGGGCUAAAAUGUUGCUGCAACAGGCUCUGUCUAACACCCUGGAAGGUUCAGAUACUGAUAAGAGUUCUUCACUGCUCUUGAAUAGAGGCGAUGAACAUGCGAAACAGAAGAGCCACCGUAGCAUUUCAAUGGAUGGGAUUCUUCAUAAGGUCCCUUAUGGGCACAAGGUGUCUGGAAAUAAAAUUGGAGAAGAACUUCCCCGGUCAGCCUCCGUCACAUAUGACAGGGAUGGUCUAAAACCUUACAUUGGUAGGGCUUCAAAGAGACAUGUAAAUCAAGGUUUCCAGCGUUCACGUUCCCUGUCUGAAUCACUGGAGAGUUACUCCCUCUUACUUGAUUCCAUUUCAAGCAGUGAAGCCAAAAGGGUGUUGACAAGCUCAAAGUCUACUAGGGAUCAUUCCUUGGAUGGCCCUGGUGCAAAUGCAUUCCAUAGAACUUCUUCUUCUCAGUUCAGAUCAAAAGGUUUGACUACCCUUGCUGAACAUCUUGUGAUGAAAGUAGACGCCUCAGAAUCACAUGUUGCAGACAAAACUGUUGGCGAUGGAGAUGUGAAUUUUGCUGUGGAUGAGAGUUCUUGUAAUCAGUUCUCUGAUGGCUCUAAGAAUCCUGUGUUACUUGAAGAGUACUUGCAUGACAAAAGUUUCCAUGUUGAGGUAUCAACUGAAGCCGAUUUAUGUAUUGCCCCUUUGCCUUCAGAAGAACAUGCCGCAACUUGUGACGAUGAUCAGGCUCCCUCAUCAACCAAAGAAGUUUUGUAUACUGACCCUCCACCAUUAGAGCAAGCUGACAUCCCAGAAGAACCUUCAAUGACUUGUGAUGAUGAUCAGGCUCCCUCAUCAACCAAAGAAGAUUUGUAUACUGACCCUCCACCAUUACCAUUAGAGCAAGUUCACAUCCCAGAAGAACCUGCAAUGACUUGUGAUGAUGAUCAGGCUCCUUCAUCAACCAAAGAAUAUUUGUAUACUGAUCCUCCACCAUUAGAGGAAGAUGACAUCUCAGAAGGACCUUCAAUAACUUUUGAUGAUGAUCAGACUCACUCAUCAACAGAAGCUGAUUCUAGUACUGCUCUGCCUUCAGAAGACAUCAACACUGAAGAAGAACAUGCAAGAACUUCUGAUGACACCAAGUUUCAGUCAUGUACUGCUCUGCCUUCAGAAGAGAUCAACCUUGCAGAAGAGGAUGAAAUAACUUCUUAUGUUUCCAAAUCAGUAGAAGGUACUUGCUGUGUUCCUGAUCCCAUUCAAGAAACUGAAGCUGAGUUAAAUUUAAGCUGCGAACAAGAAACUGAAAGUCCAACUUCUGUUCUGGAUGUGGCCUUCUCAUAUGAUUCUGCUACUAAUUCAGAGAAACAUGCAAUGUUGGAUGAUUCAUCGCUCAUGCCAGGAAAUGACACCGGUGAUUCAGUUGACAGUAAUGUUGUCAUUGCUAGCACUUGUGAGAAACCAUCAGCUACUUCAUUGACUCAGGAAAUCUUACAAGAGCACAACUCUGACGAUCUGAAUGGUCUCCAAGUAGACCCAAAGAAUGAAGCUGAGCUGAACUAUGUGAACGACAUAUUCAACAAGUCUAGCUUCACCAAUGAGACACUGUUCGAUGGAUGGUGCUCACAGAACACUGUAGCUCUCCAAGAAGAGGAUUGCCAGCACUACGAGGCUGCCGCCGUGCCGCUCGACUUCACCGACAUGUGUGCCGACGAGCUGCUUCUGUUCGACAUGACGAACGAAGCGUUGCUCGACAUCUACAAGUCGUAUUCUGCUAGCAAAUCCAAGGCCUCCCGCUUCUCCUCUUUUGAACGGCCGAAGCCUGUCGGAGACCAAGCACUCAGGGAGCUGCAGUCCAGAAUGAGCUGCCACCUGGACAGGCCCGGUGGCACCGAGAUCAGCGCCAUCGUGUUUAAUGACCUGGCCAAGGCUGACCGCUGGAUAAACCUUCAGAGAGAUGUUGAUCAUGUAGGCAACAAGCUGGCAGACUCUGUGUUGGACAAGCUUCUGACGGAGCUCACUCUCCAGCUUGCAAAGUUUUGAGCCUAUCCAUAGCUAAGCUAGAUACUAGUCAUGUUAAUUUUUUGCCCCUUUUUGUUAGUUUAGCUGCUCUCUGCACUGCACAAAUGUUAAGGGGGUGAUUCAUUCUCAAGUAUACAUUAGUUUGGUUCUUUCUGGGAAGACGAAGCAGUGAUCUCUGGAUGUUGCUGUUAAUUAGGUCUUAAAUAGGAAAUUCAUUCGUUUAGAGCAGUUGCUAAAGAAGUUUUGGAUGUUGAGUUGUAAGAUGAAUGAAUUUUGGAAAAGCACUCUCUAUCUCUGAAUUUAUACUCAGGUUAAAAAAUGUUGGGGCAGCAGCUGCUUGUCAGCCAUGCAAUUCUGGAAGCUUCCAGAACUUUAAGCUUACUCAACAUUACUGGUGAUUCUCUGAUCUCAA